UCUGCUUCCUGGGUGUCUCUCCGCUCUCCGCAGCCGAAUGCGAGUGUCCAAUUCAACUACCGCAGCGAUAGCCGCCUCUAGAGACCAGAAAUAUUCAGACUCUUUCGACGGUAAUAGUGAAAUAACAAAAAGAUAUAUACACAUGUUUUCAAACUUCACAAGCUGGACUUCCAAGGUCAAGAUAUGGUACAGACUAGGCGCGCCUGAAUCUUUGCAUGAAAUUAAGCUUCUGAUGAACGGACCUUACAGUGUGAAAAAGUCUUUAUUUACUUGGUAACUCCAACAGCUUACUAGUAUUGACAAAAAGAGUCAUCACACUAUAGUUAAGUAUGUGGUUUUCUUGUUUCCUUGAUGCGGUCAGUUCCACAUUUUAACUUACAUAUGCAUUGAACCCGGAACACUUCAUUUGAAUCAACCCUGCAGAAUCAUGAAGUUUUUAAUAUUUUUUCUUACGCUGGCUGGGAUGAAUGCGAGGCAGACAGCUUUAGAUUCACCUAUACAACCUGUUAUUAAAGUAACACCAAAAAGCAUCAAUAUAGAAAAUACAGUAACAAUUCGAUGUGAAAGUCAGAAUGGAAAAUUGUGUCACUUCUACACUCAUAACAGCACAGACCCUUUCAGAUCAGAACCAAACAAGGCUGGAGUCUGUCAGAUUACCGUCAAUGGGUGGGACAUUCUGGAACAGGGAUUGAUGAACUUGAAUAUAACCAAUGAGGUUUCUGUAAGUUGUGCUGGUGAACUAAUGGAGGGGAACCAAACUGUUACCUCAAGCAAGAGUGAGCCAGAAAAACUAGAGGUUGUUGGUUGGUUAAGAAAACCAAGAAUUAAUGUACAUGAGGAAAUAUUUACAGAAAGAUCACAAGUUAAGAUUCGCUGUGAAGCUGAGAGAGGAAUACACUGCCAUUUCUACAUUAAUCAGACCAAUGAAUCUAAGGUGCUAUUGGUGAAAGAGCCAUUCAAGAAAGAGUUUAAAGUCUGUAUUGCCACUAUAUUUGGGAGCGAGCUGCUGAAAAGGAAAGGUAAUGGGAACAGUACUGAGGUCAUUCUGAGCUGUACUGUUGAUCUUGAAGGAAAAGGAAAACCACUUACCUCUCCGCCUAGUGAGAACAGAAUAAUCAAAGUUGGGGAUUUGGGUGUCAAUGGGCCCACAACAAUUUGUCUUACUGAGUCAGAAUGGCCCAUAGCUGAAUCCAAGACUGCAUCAUCAACGGAUGGACAAAGUAAUUUUUCGAACACCUUCAUCUGGACACUUUCUGGUGGACUGUUGUUUUUAGUCUUUUUCAUAGCAACAGGCCUGAUCCUAAUCUGUUUAAAACACAGAAAAAUCCAAUAUGAUUGUGAAAGGAACAAGCAGACUGAAGAAAACAAUACUGAAUUGUAUUCUGCCGUCAAUGAAAAUGAUCAAAAGAUUUCAAAGGUAAUCAAAUCAUCAUGUAUGAAGUAACACUACUUUUAAAAAACAUUCUAUGUAUGUGCUGUGUACUAGUAUGUCACUCUAUUGCCGGGUGUCAUGAAAUGCUAUUUUUGUGUUAGUGGCGAUAGAAAUCACUGGAAUCCUUUGUUGAUCCCUACAGCUGCACGACACAGGCUCUGAAAUGUACUAUAGCAAAGUGAAACGAUACAAGCAACCUGGCAAAGCUGACCAAUUGGCUCAGCUCCAUCCAAAGGAAGAGUACUGCACUGUGGGGAUACAAUUUGACAGUAACCCCACAACCACAUCAGACAACAUCUGCUCCAUUUACGGAACCAUAGACAAUUAAAAAGAACAGAGAAAUGGAGCAAUAUUUUAAUAGCCUUUCUGAUAAACUAUUUCCUUAUUACUUAUACCUGUCCAUGUGUCUUUAUGCCUUUGUACUUUGUUAUGUGUGGUUUAUCUUUGGCUUUUACACUAGAUGUCUGCUUCUUGAUGAAGUCCUUUCAAUAUUGUUGUUAUCUUAAAAUAUCAAAUUUCUGAGUUUCCAACACAAACAUCAGACUAAUACUGAUACCUGAUAGUGAAGCUUAGUUUUACUUAUCUCUUUAUAAUGAAAGAUAUAUUCCAUGGUUUUUCUUAUAACAAGACAUCAAAGUUUAAUUUUCUCCACAUUGAUCAUUUUCCUCAAUGUUUUUAUACAUUAUCCUGUAUUGUUCUUCAUUCAGUCAGUGAAAGAAAAUUACUGGUAAUACAAUCCCAUGCUUGUAUACUUACUGAAUGCUGUCUGGUGCUGUAGAAACACACUGUACAGUACAUAUCCCUAUACUGUAUUGUUCCUCUCUGGUUAAAGAAGAGAGAAAUUGUGCCCCUGAUGUACUGUGCACAUGUUCUGGUGUGUGUUUUGUCACUGGGGAACACCUGGACAAACUUGGUUUUGAAAUAUUUUGAUAAUACGUAUAUUUUGAAAAUGAACAUUUAAUUGAAAGUUUCUUAUAAUCUAAAGGCAAAUUUACUUAACCUGACCUACAUUUUCUUAUACUGUAGCUUACUUAGCGAUUUUACCUUUAUGUCUUCAAUAAACUUUUUUGGUUUAAUGUUAGUGUUCUUCUUAUUUUAGGAAUGAUGUAAAGUAAUGUAAUUACACUUGCUUAAUUUUUUAAUUAUAUAUUUAACACAAUUUAUUUAGUUUAGGGGUUGCAACAUUACAUUUUAUAAGUGGAUAAUAAUCCAAUUCUGUAAAUAAUUACUUAUAAUUACUUGAUGAAGAUUUGGAAUAUGGUUCAAACUAUGGAAAAAACUUUUGUUACUAAUGUAAUUAAUCCACUGCAGCAUUUGAAUAUUAUCACUUUUAUGUCACUCCAUUAAUCUUUUUUGUAAUAUAUUUAAUUUUAAAAACAUUACUACACAAAUUAGGAGUAAAACACAUUCCUGUUUUAAUGUUUCAGUUGCUUUUAUUUUCUUGUUUAAGUCCAAACGUAUGGAAAUGUAUCAAUCUCUGAACAAGGUCUGUUCAAUUACACAUAUAAUCUGUGUAUGUGAAUGUUAAUAUUAUUUCCUAUCCUUUUUACUUUGGCAAAUAAGUGCUUCCAAGUCACUUCCAAGUCACUUGCCAGAAAGUUUUGGGAGGUUCUAUUUCUAUUUUUUCUUAAUCCGACUCAGUAAAUAUUAUACUAAAUGGAAUAACAAAAUAAAACAUGUUCAAACAUGUUUUAAUGACCAGAGAUCUAGUAAUAUGAUAAUGAUAACUAAAUGAUCUGAAUUGAUUCUAAAAAAAGACUUUAAUUGGGUGGCUCUGUGGCUAAGGAUCUGCACCUGUGGCUGGAAGGUUGCCGAUUGCUGGCAGAGGAAUCCUAAUCUGUUCGGACCCUGAGCAAGGCACAUAACCCCAGCUGCUCCAGGGGUGCUGUACAAUAGCUGAUCCUGCGCUCUGACCCCAAGCUUCUCUCCCUGUCUG